AACAUCUUUUUAAAUAAGAUGGGUUUGGAGCUGCAAAAACCCAGAAAGAAACACAGAAGGAGAUGAGGAUAUUACACAAAGGCAGACAAUCUGAUAAAAGCCUCUUUUUCAAGUAUUACAAAUGGCUUCUUUGGUUUUCUUUUACCCUCUAUUUCCUCGCAUCUUUCUUCAUUACAAACAAGCCUAUCCCUUUAUCAAAAGCCCGUGUUUCUGGUUCCAAACCUUCCGUUGCUUCUCGUGUCCUGUUUGAAUCUGCCAACAAAACUCGUCAUAAAUCAAAACCCAAACCCAUAAAUCCUGCUUCGUUUAAAGACUUGAAGAUAUACGUCUACGAAUUAACAUCGGAGUACAACGAGGAUUGGCUUUCGAACAAGCGAUGCAGCAACCACUUGUUUGCCUCCGAGGUAGCCAUUCAUCGAGCCUUGAUGAACACCUACGAGUUGAGAACCUUCGACCCUUACGAAGCUGAUUUCUUCUUCGUCCCUGUCUAUGUGUCAUGCAACUUCAGCACCGUUAAUGGCUUCCCUGCCAUUGGCCACGCUCGAUCUCUUAUAUCUUCCGCUAUUCAACUCAUCUCCUCCGACUACCCUUUCUGGAACCGCUCCCAAGGAUCCGACCACAUCUUCGUUGCCUCCCACGAUUAUGGAGCAUGCUUCCACGCCAUGGAGGAUAGAGCUAUUGAUGAUGGGAUCCCGGAGUUCUUGAAGAAAUCGAUAAUACUACAAACAUUCGGGGUUGAUUACAAGCACCCUUGUCAGGACGUUGAAAAUGUUAUUAUACCGCCUUAUAUCCCGCCGGAAAGUGUACGGAACACCCUGGAGAAAUUCCCGCUGACCGGGAAUCGAGACAUCAUGGUGUUUUUCAGGGGGAAAAUGGAGGUGCACCCCAAAAACGUUAGUGGGAAAUUUUAUAGCAAGAAGGUGAGGACGGAAAUCUGGCGGAGAUAUAACGGAGACCGGCGGUUUUACUUGCAAAGACAAAGAUACGCAGGUUACCAGUCGGAAAUAGUAAGGUCGGUGUUUUGUUUGUGUCCACUGGGAUGGGCGCCAUGGAGUCCAAGGCUCGUUGAGUCCGUGGCUUUGGGGUGCGUGCCGGUAAUUAUAGCAGACGGAAUACGAUUGCCUUUCGCCUCCGUAGUGAGGUGGCCGGAAAUUUCACUCAGGGUGGCGGAAAGGGGUGGGAAGUUAGGGACGAUCCUGGACGGCGUGGCGAGAACCAAUUUGUCGACCAUACAAAGGAACUUAUGGGACCCGUCAGUCAGCAAAGCCCUGUUAUUCAAUGAGCAUAUGCAAGAAGGGGACGCUACGUGGCAGGUUCUCGAUUCUCUUUACAAUAAAUUACACAAGUCGUACAGGAGGUCCAGGUCGAGGGUUUCGAGCCAAUAGGAAGCCGGUAAGCUGGGAAAUGGCCGGCUAAGGUUGUUGUCCGCCCAACGUGGCGGACAGUUGCGCUGAGACGGUGGUUUUAUACGGUGGGUCGGUGAUCCCACAGAAUCAACGCCGUGGUAUUUUUGUUUUGUUUUUUCCUUUAGAUAUUAGAGACGAGGAAAUACUUAAUUAUAUGAUAACGGGAUUGCUUGGUUUGUUUGUAUAAAGAGAAAAGAGGCAACCCAACAUUGUUUAAUGGUAAAUAAUUAAUACGCAUCACGUAGUUGGUUUUAAAAUGA